GACCUCGAAAGUCUCUCUCCCUGUCGCGCUCUCUCUCUCUCUCACUAUUUUCUUUUAAUUAAUUUAUUUUCCAUCGAAACGCUCCUUUCAAAUAAAAUUCCAAUCUCCUGUUUCCAGAAAUCUCUGGGAUUCAAAGAGUGCCGUAUAGAGGUGUUGAAAAAAGGCAGAUUUUUAAGAUAAUUGUUACUGGUAAUUUUUUAAAGUUUCAGAAAAAAAAUGCCAAAGGAUAGAAGGGUUGGUUCCUUUUUUUUUGAACGCUCUAGGGUCUCUCCUUACCCAUGUAGUUCCAGGGGCAGGGAUGCCAAACAAUGCCAACAUGAGGAUCCGUUGGAACUAGGAUUUGGACUCGAGGAUGUUAAAGAGUGGGAGGAUGCAAGGUGUCCUAUUUGCAUGGAACACCCACACAAUGCUGUACUUUUGCGGUGUUCUUCCUUUGAAAAGGGCUGUCGCCCUUUUAUGUGCAAUACAAGCUACCGCCAUUCAAAUUGUCUUGAUCAGUUUUGUAAGUCAUCGGUGUCGUCUCCUUCCACUGCUAUGUUGCAGGAAAUUCCUUUGGGAAACUUGACCUCUACUUCCGAUGGUUGGAGGAAUCCACUGCCUUUUUUUGAUCAGCAAACCGAAGCUGGUAGUGAUAAGCAGCCAAAGCUUCUUUGCCCUCUUUGUCGAGGAGAGAUUUAUGGCUGGAGCGUGGUAGAAGCUGCACGUCAGUUUAUGAACUCCAAACCCAGGAGUUGUUCGUCAGAGACAUGCGAUUUCAGUGGGACUUACAGUGAACUCAGGAAGCAUGCCAGGUCUGCUCAUCCUUUGGUCCGGCCAACUGAAGUUGAUCCAGAACGACAGCGUGAUUGGUCUAGGUUGGAGCGUGAAAGGGAUUAUGAGGACAUGCUGAGUUCAAUCCAACCAGUUGCUGGGGAAGAAAGUAAUGGAGAAAGCAUUUCAAAUCUCGAGGAUUUUCGUUCGUGGUUGACUAUAAAUCUUGCAUACUUGACACUUGCACUUGAGUUCAUUAGUGAUUCAAGAAAUAAUGAACAUGAUAGAUUUAGGAGGAGACCAGGGAAUAGGAGGUUCAGAUAUGAUCGAGAAUCUGAUCAUGGUACAAGGGAGAAUAAUAGUUCCACACCAGAUAGAGCACUCUUUGGUCACCGCAACAAUCCUACACCAGAAGAGAGAGUUCCAGGUAGACAUCGUGGCUCACAGGGAAUUCUCCAUUGGAGGAAUCGCAAUUCACCAUCAGAUAGAAUUCCCCAAGGCAGGCGUCAGAGUUUGCAAGCUGACCAAACUCAUCGUGGUCAAGGUGGAUUGCGAUGGCGAACACCGAGAUGGUCCACGUUCAAUGAUGGGCAGUGAUUGGAGCAUAUUGUCUAAUGGUUAUCCCAGUCUCAGGUGGAAAUAAAAGCAGGAGGUCAGUGUCAGUGUUUAGGUCUAUUAAAUGUCAGACUUGGAAGUAGGAAGAUAAGCCAUUGUUAUCCCUUUUCUUUUUUCUUUUUAAUCACAGAAACAAUGUUUAAUGUUUGAAACAUCAAUUGCGCUUUUGAAAUAUCAUGUGCUUUUGCAAAAA